AUGACGAUGCUUUAUAAAGUGGAAUCUGGGAAGAACGAGGAAAUACUGUAUGGGAUCACGCUUGCGAAGGCCAUGCCUUUUCCGAAACGGUUUCUCGAGGUAGCGGAACAAGUCGCCGUCUCAUUACGCCAGCAGAGAGAGCGAAAUAAGCAGGGGUCCGAGGCGAGGAAGAUGCUCAACCGUCGUAAGCUUAUCCUCAAUUUGCAUGAGCAUCUGAGGCAGGUCAGUCAUUCGGAAAUGGACGAAUCUUCCAUGAGGAGCUACCUGACUCGUCUCCGGGAGGAAUUCAUAUUGCGCAUGGAAGCGAUCGAGAAUGGGGGCAGCGAAAGAACCGUCGAUGACAGUGAGACGAGGCCAGGCGAUGAAGACGGCGUAUUCGAUGACGAUGAUGUCUUUGAUGCUGUCGAUGUAGAUUCUCUCUGGAGUAUUUGA